AAAGUGUAGAUGAUUGUGACAGUUCUGAGAUCUAAACCCGGAUUAUUCUUCCCUCAGAGUGUUUGGAAGCAGCGCUGGUGUCAUGGCUCUCCUCACCAACGUCACUGUCCUGCUGGUCCUGGUUUGUGUCUCGCAGUACCUGAUCCUCAGCAGCUGUCAGAAAGUUCACGAACAGAAGAGAAGAAGAACGAACAGAGGCCAGGACAGGGGCGGAGCCAGCCUGACGGAGGCCCGGCAGCCCACAUCACCUCAGAACAACAAGGGGAACCUGAUCGCCAAAGAUAAGGCAGAGUGCACGUGGGCGGCCACAGGCGAGGACCUCCUCACGCUUGACAUCUCCUGUAAGCAGGCAGACAGGAGCUUUGGCUGUCAGUUCGCCGGCAGACCGUCUGUCUGUCCUCAGUAUGCUUCCAAUGUCAGACUUUACUGGAAGCAAGUUGCUCAAGCGCUGAAGAAGCGGAAUCUGUGCCAGAAGAGCGGAGUGGUGAUCAGACCGGCUGUGUGCAGAAAAGCUCCCACAGAAGCUCAUUUCAGACUCAGCAAUGUGCAGAGAAGUACUGCGGCACCUUCCUCUGGAGCUGCCACAGCCUGUCAGGGUGACAACAGGAAGCUGGCAGAUGAGUACUGCAGCAAGUCCUGGUCCAGUUUGUGUACCUUCCUCUUUACCAUGGUGCAGAGUGAAGACUGCUGAGAGAAGAAAGGCUACAGAACUGCAGUGGGCCUCGUUAUAAGCUCAUUGCAU